UCAUGCAAGCGCCAACCCGCCUGGCCACCUUACAAUCGCACACACCCUGCGCUUUUUGUUUUGGUUGAUGAGUAAUCUUUAAGAAACUCCGUCAUUCUUCGUAAUUGAAUCUUAAAGCUAAGAAAUCCUUAAACAUGGACUGGUUAUUCGGCAAGAAGAUCAGCCCCGAUGAGAUGCUGCGCAAGAAUCAGCGGGCGCUGAACAAAGCAAUGCGAGAUCUGGACCGCGAGCGGAUGAAAAUGGAGCAGCAGGAGAAGAAGAUCAUUGCGGAUAUCAAGAAGAUGGCCAAGGAGGGCCAAAUGGAUGCCGUGAAGAUCAUGGCCAAGGAUCUGGUGCGCACACGGCGGUAUGCCAAGAAGUUCAUGCUGAUGAAGGCGAACAUCCAGGCGGUGUCCCUCAAAAUCCAGACGCUCAAGUCCCAGAACACAAUGGCACAGGCCAUGAAAGGUGUUACGAAGGCCAUGCAGAACAUGAACCGCCAACUGAAUCUCCCGCAAAUCCAGAAGAUCCUGCAGGACUUCGAAAAGCAGUCGGAAAUGAUGGACAUGAAGGAGGAGAUGAUCAACGAUGCUAUCGAUGACGCCAUGGAGGACGAGGGCGACGAGGAAGAGACAGAUGCUGUUGUGUCCCAGGUGCUGGACGAACUGGGUCUGCAAUUGGGUGAACAGCUGGGUGACCUACCUUCUGCCUCCGGUUCCCUUUCCAUAGCUGGCGGCGCUGGCGCCCAAAAAGCACAGGCUGUGGCAGCCGGUGGCGUUGGCGGCGGUGGAGCCGCCGGCGGAGGUGGAGCUGGUGGAGGCGGCGCAGGUGGACCGGGUGCUCCCGGUGGCAGUGGGGCCUCAUCGCCCAUGUCCGAUGCCGAUGCGGACCUGCAGGCGCGCCUGGAUAAGCUGCGCAAGGAUUGAGGCGAUCCCAAGAACCACUGCCUGUCCAUUUUAUGUAAGAUCCACUAUCCGUUUGUAUCUCCCAGAAGCGAAUGUUAUAUUAAAGAGAAUGCUUGUGAUUUUCGUUCCCUGCGUGUUUGAAAAA